AGCUAAAUUCACAACAUGUUGGAUUGAUUUAACUAACUGCACUCUCUUUGGAUUGAUUUAACUAACUGCACUCUCUUUGGUCCACCCAAACAUUUUAUUUUCAGCAGGUAACUGACAACAAUAAAAAGCUUUUGUCUGGUGACAGUGAUCAGAAUGCCGCAGACCAAUUUCCUUACUUCCGGGGCUGGGCUCAGCCUUCUUGGGAACAGCAGAAGCUUCAACCUCCUGGCUAACAUUGAGUCCUGGGAAGAGGGAGGCAGCAGCAAAGAGGAAAAUACCGGACGAUUCAUGGUCCUCCUGCUGUUAAAGGUGGUCUUAGACCAUCUAUUCCUGACCAUGUGCCUGCACCGACUGCACACCUCUUUCAUGGGCGUCUGUAGCCUGUCCGUCAUCUUGGCCGACGCAGUGUUGGCGUUUUCUGUGGCAGCUGUCUGGUUCUUGGGUCCCACCCGCUCCCCGGUGACCGUUUGCUUCCUCUUGGUGCACGCCUCGCAGAUGUUCAACAUGCUGCCUCUUCCGGUGCUAGUCCUGGGGCUGCUGGACUACGCCUUCGAGACGCGCUAUUUUGCCUGCCGCAGCGCUCCCUGCAAGGCCCUGUGGAGCUGCACGCUGACGCUGUUGCUGUGGGUGCUGGCCGCCGUGAGAUCCUGGGCCUCUGCUGUCACCGGCCUCAUAGAGGUUGAAUAUGAGGGAGGGAGGACCAUUUUGGGUUGCAUGGUGCAGGAUUCUGCCCUAGUACAGCACUUCUGCAUGGGUGUCGUUGCAGCCAUCACCUGUGUGCUGCUGCUCCACUACAGACACCUGAACCCGUGGCUGAAGGAGGCCAACAGGCUGUUAAAGCAGAGGCGCGAAGUCGACCCAUCGCUGCUGAGUGAUUUGAGCUUCCGUCACGCCGACAUAGGGAAGCUAGAGGCGGACGAGGAGAAAGCACUGGUGGAUGAGAGCGAAUGGCAAAAGCCCCCUCUUUACCUCAGCAUGACUUUGGGAUUUGGCACAAUGUGGGCGUCCUACUUGCUAAUCUGCAUCUCCAGCGAGCUCUUAGGCCUCAGGAUCCCUGCGUACAUAAGCGUCAACGUCCUGUGGUUUGAGUGUACCAACAGCUUACUGGUGGGCCUGGUGUUCUGGGUCAAGAGCGUUUGGCUGGGGACAUUCACUGAUCUCCCAGAUGACAUCUGCCAGUGGCAGGACUACUGGCAUUUAAGCAGAGGUCCAAUCAGGAACUUUCGGAAGCAACCCAAGACUGUGUUCGGACUGUCAGGCAAGGACAGAAAGCCACUGCAUGUCUGAAUCGGGCACUCUGGCCCAAUGAAAGAUUGGACGUGACCCAUAGGAAACG